AACUUUAAUUUGCCAGUCUUGAAGGCAGAUGGGGAUAUCUUGAUUGGGGGAUUAUUUCCCCUUCACUAUAUGGCCUCAAAGCCAGAUCAUAACUACACCUCCAGACCGCAGCCCAGCCAGUGCAGUGGCCUUGAUCUUCGAGCAUUUCGCUGGCUUCAGACUAUGAUAUUUGCCAUCAAAGAGAUAAAUGGAAAUGCUAAGCUGUUGCCUGGGGUUACUCUGGGCUAUAGAAUAAUGGACAGUUGUGACCAUGUUCAUCUUGGCUUGACAGGGGGGUUGUCAUUGGUUAGUGGCUCCCUGGCUCAUCAUCAGAAUCAAACAGAAGACUCCCAAUGCAUUGCUAAUGGCCCGGUAUCUGCUGUCAUUGGUCUAGCAUCCUCCACACCCACCCGUGCUCUAGCACACACAUUGGGACCUUUUGGGAUACCAGUGGUUAGCUAUUUCGCAACCUGCACGUGUCUUACAAACAAGCAGGUGUAUCCUUCCUUCCUGCGCACCGUGCCUAGUGACAUGUUUCAAGUGCAGGGGCUGGUUCAGCUCGUUGCCCACUUUGGCUGGCACUGGGUUGGCACAAUAGGCACAGAGGAUGACUACAGUCGCUAUGGGAUCCAAGCAUUCUCUGAGCAGCUGCAUGAAUGGGGUGGCUGCUUAGCCUUCCACCAAACCAUUCCCAAAGCACCAUCAGUGGCCAAGAUCAAUGCCAUUGCUGAUGUUCUAGAGACGACCACCGCCAGUGUGGUCAUAGCCUUUGCCACAGAAGGACAGCUGCUGAGCCUGCUGACUGAAGCUGCUCGACGCAACCUGACCAGGUUGCAGUGGGUGGCCAGCGAGGCGUGGGUGACGGCCAGUCUGCUGACUGCCCCCAGGUUUCAGCCUGUGCUGGUGGGCACGCUGGGCUUUUCCUUUAGAGGCGCAGUGAUCCCAGGACUGUCUGACUUUCUCCUGAAGGUGCGUCCAUCACCACGGCCAGGGUCAACCCUCACUAACAUGUUCUGGGAGGAGCUGUUUGGAUGCAGGUUAGAGUUUGGCUCACACAGUGUGUCUGAAGUGCCACUGUGCAGUGGAAAUGAAGAUUUGAGUUCACACAAAACCAGCUACAGUGACGUGUCACAGGUCAGAAUCUCCUACAACGUAUACAAAGCUGUGUAUGCAAUUGCCCAUGCUUUACACAAGCUGCUGCAGUGUGGUUCUUUGUGGGGAAAUGUCACACAAACCGUCUGUAAAAGAACCACAACAUUUACACCAAGGCAGCUCCUUCGCCACUUAAAGGGAGUGAACUUCACCAAUCAGUUUGGAGAGAAAGUGUCCUUUGACUCUAAUGGUGAGCCGGUGCCCCUCUAUGAUAUCAUCAACUGGCAGAGAGACCACCAGGGUGGCGUCAGGUUCCAGAAAGUGGGAAGCUAUGAUGGCUCAGCUCCUCUAGGCUUAAAGCUGCAGAUGGAUGAACAGUCCAUAGAGUGGGCAGAGAGACAGUUUCAGGCUCCUGUGUCUGUCUGCAGUGUAGCCUGUCCUCCUGGAAGUAGGAAGGCCUCGCGUCCAGGGGAGGCUGUUUGCUGCUUCGAUUGUCUGCCCUGUGCCGAGGGACAGAUCAGCAAUAUUACAGGAGCUACAGAGUGUAUCAAAUGUCCUCUGUAUUACUGGUCUGACAGAGACAGAGUGACGUGUGUGGCUGGCGUGGAGGAAUUUCUUUCUUUCCAAGAGACUCUGGGUAUCAUCCUAGUCGUUUUAUCUCUGCUGGGGGUUGCUGCAGCUGCAGUCAUUACCACCAUAUUUUUCUGUUACAAGACCACACCCAUUGUUAAAGCCAACAACUCAGAGAUCAGCUUUUUGCUGCUGCUGUCACUGAAGCUCUGCUUCCUCUGCUCCCUGGUGUUCAUGGGCCGCCCCUCGCCGUGGUCUUGCCGAGCCCGGCAGGCAUUGUUCGGGAUCAGCUUUGUGCUCUCGAUCUCCUGCAUCCUGGUCAAGACCAUUGUUGUGCUGCUUGCCUUCCGCCCCUCCAUACCUGGUUCCCAUGUGGUCCACCUGUUUGGGCCUCCUCAGCAAAGGGCCUUCAUCUUCUGCUGCUCUGCGGUGCAGGUGGUCCUGUGUGCGGGCUGGCUGGCGGCUGCACCCCCUGUGCCCUUCAAGAACACAUCCUACCAGGGUGGCAGGAUACUGCUGGAGUGUAAAGGUGCGUGGCCCCCGGGGUUCUACCUGGUGCUUGGGUACAUUGGCCUGUUGUCUUGUGUUUGCUUUGUUCUUGCAUUCAUGGGACGUAAACUUCCAGAUACUUUCAACGAAGCCAAGAUGAUCACCUUCAGCAUGCUCAUUUUCUUCGCUGUGUGGAUUUCCUUCAUACCUGCAUACAACAGCUCCCCAGGGAAAUACACAGUGGCUGUGGAGAUUUUUGCCAUCCUGGCAUCCAGCUUUGGACUACUGUUUUGCAUCUUUGCACCAAAAUGUUAUAUUAUCCUUUUUAAACCUGAGCAAAACACCAAAAGAGGAAUGACAAGGAAAUACUGA